AUGCCGCCCCAUUCUUGGGCUCCCAAGUCGAAAUUCACUCUUCGCUCGCCCAAAUCCAACGUUAGGCUGAAACAGCGGGCCGUUGGGCCGGGCCCAGUCAUGGAUUCCACAAGGUUUUCUUCUGGAGCUUCAGAAUCUCAGCGUCGGACAAAUUCUGAAUUGCUAUUAGCAUCAGAAUCUUUAUUGGCUCCAGAAUCUUCAUUAGCGUCAGGAUCUCAACAUCGAUCAAACUUAGAAGCCCCAGCAGCUUCAGAAUCCUUAUCAACUCCAGGAUCUUUAUCAGCAUCAGAAGCCCGAUCAUCUUCUUCACCAACUUCAGAAUCCCAAAACCCACCCCAAGAAGCACAACUUCUAUCCACGCCUUCAUCCAGUCAACAAGAUUUCAAAUCCACCCCCUCCGGCUCUCUACCGGACUCGUUGCGCAACUUGAGGCCGCACCGCUGGACCUGGCUUCACAAAGCCAAUCAAGUGAGUUUUGUUUGCACAGGCUUUCAAUUUUUAGGUUGGGGGAGGAUAAUUUUGAAAUUUGCUUGGUGAUUAGAAAAAAAAUUUUUUGAAAAAUUGGAAAUUUUACAAACUUUUGAACCAAGGCAAGAAAGUUUAAAAUUUUUGGGUCAAACGUGGGAAUUCUACAAACUUUUGGACCAAGGCGAAAAAAAAUUAAAUUUUUUGGGCUAAAAGUGAAAAUUCUACAAACUUUUGGACCAAAAAAAUAUUUUUUUUAAUUUUGUAUAUUAGGUGCCGACAUAAAGAACCCGCCAUACUUUGAAUGUAAUUUCCUGUAAAAAAUGGCGGGUUCUUUACGUCGGCACCUAAUAUUUUAAUUUUUUAGCCCAAACCUUGAUAUUUUAAUUUCAAAUUCAAUCCAAUUAGCCAAAACAAGACCAAAUUGAAGCUGGCUGUCGCCGAAAAUUCCUUUCAAUUUCCGUCUCGGAUCAACAUUAAGCCUUAAUUUUAAUGGCCUUUGAAAUGACUUUCACUUCCCGACUUUCGCGCAACUACAUUAAUCACCUCAUCCUCUUUGGUUCAAUGUUUAGGCCGCGCUUUAAACUUUAAGGCUGGUCAUUUAAGUGGCCGUAAACUGACCAGACUUGGCCAACUGUUACCGGCUGUAAAAUACGGCUGUUGCCACCGUAAAAGUUUAUUUUUUAAGCGUUUAUGAGUUGGCAUUUGGUUUUAAGGUUUUGGUCGAUAUUUAGAUUUAAGGUUUUGGUCGAUAUUUUUUUAAAAAAAUUUUGGUCGAUAUUUGCUUGGGAGGUUUUGGUCAAUAUUUAGAUUUAAGGUUUUGGUCGAUUUUUAGUCUAGAAGUUCUCGUAAUUCAGUGCUUUGGACUAGGAUUUCUUGGAAUUGAAGGUCUUGGCCUAAAAUUUUAGAAUUUUUUAAUUUUUUUGGUCCGAAAGUUUGUAGAAUUGAUAUUUUUCGAUCCGAAAGUUCACAAAAUUUUAUUUUCUGGCCAAAAAGUUCUCAGAAGAUUAAUUGUUACCUCAAAAUCUUUUAAAAUUUUCUGUUUUAUAGCCCAAUACCUUGCUUUACAAUUUAAAUAAUUUAAGCCCAACAUAGGGAAAACGACCGGUAAAGUUUUGUAACAGAACUUUUGGCGCACCCCGUUACCAAAUUUCAAAGAAUUUCAAACCCUUUUUGAUUUUACACCAACAAACGAGCCAAAAACAUCUGCGCCAGACGUUUUUCGGGAUCAGUCCGAAAAAAGUGUGGCAAAAAAAGGUACCAGGGCGUAUCGGGAUUCUCAAAAGAACUCGCUUUCCUCACCUUUGCGGGCUUCUGACUCAAAUGUUUUGAAAUCAUAGGCUUACAAUGGGCAGUUGAAAUUGAAAAAAAAAUGUUUUUUGAAGUUUUUUUGGAGGAUUAAAUGAAGUUCUAAGGAGUUUUGAACCACUAAAUAAAUUUUUUAAGAUAUUGGGUUAUUACCUAAAAUUCUAAGCAUUUUUGGACCAUUAACUCAAAUUCUAAGGAGUUUUCGACCAUGAAAUGACAUUUUAAGCAUAUUUGGAUCAUUAAAGUUAGAUUUAAGCAUUUUUGGACCACUAAAUGAAAUUCUAUGAACUUUCAGACCAAAAAAUCAAAAUUGUAAAAAAAUAAAUUUUUAAAAAAAUUUUAAAUUUUAAAAUUUUAAAAUUAAAAUUCAUGAAAUUUUGGACUAGAAAAUGAAAAAUCAAAGAAAUUUUUUUUAUAAUAAACAUAAAAAUUUUAUUUUCACUCCAAAAGAUGAAUAAUAUCGAGGGAAAUAACAAGAGAGGGGGAGGCAAUGAAUCAGACGAAACGUUAUUUGCCUCAGGAUUUGAUAAGGUUGAAGAGUGGGAAAUGAUUUUAUUUUAUAGGAUUUUGAGUUCCGGUCCAAAAUUUCUCAGAAUUUUAAGUUUUUGGUCGAAAAGUUGGUAGAAUUUCAAUUUUGGUCCAAAAUUUUAUGAAAUUUUAAUUUUUUAGUCAAAAAGUUGCCAGAAUUUUAAGCUCGGUCCAAAAUUUUCUAGAAUUUUAAUUUUUUAGUCAAAAAGUUGCCAAAAUUUCAAUCUUGGUCGAGAAUAUUACAGAAUUUUAAUUUUUUAGUCAAAAAGUUUCCAGAAUUUUUUAAAAAAUUAUAUUUUCCAUGUUUUCUAACUGCCAUUCUUUAUUUAACAUUAUAUAAAAAUUCAAAUUCAAACCUUUUCAUUCCAGGCCCUAUCAUCAAUAGAAGCCCAAUUCACAGAAAAUUCUGUCGAAUUCCAUCCAAACUACGCCUAUGGGACCGCUUCGGCCUUUGGCAACUACCCCCUAACCUCCUCCACCGUAUGUUACUGGGAGUUGCGGGUACCCUACAUCUAUGGCACGUCGGUAAUGUUUGGAAUUGGUAGUUUGGGCACUCCAAUCAAGCUGGCCAAUCAAUUCGACAACUUGUUAGGCUUAAAUGGCAGUUACGGUCUUUCGCACAAAGGCAUACUGUAUCAUAAUGAAGAGGAGAGGGUGUACUGUAAAGAAUUUGAGGAAAAUCAAGAGGCUGUAGUUGGAGUGUACUUUAAUGGUCCUAAACGGCAAUUGUCGUACUAUUAUAACGGUACCGGUUUGGGCGUGGCGUUUGAGGACUUGAAUUUGGAUGAGGUCAUGUAUCCUAUGGUUUCAAGGUAAAUUUUUAUGACAAUAUGGGACGUUUGGUACAACUUUUGAUGGUUUAUGUUACAAUAUAAAGAAUUUAGAUGUAUCAUACUUUAGAUGUGUCAUAAUGUUUUUCAUUAAAAAAAUUUUUUAAGUUGUCAGCGUUUCAACCCAACAUUUUUCAGCACCGCCAGAAAAUGCACGUUCAUUCUACAAAAACAAUACAGCAACGCCGACGUAACCCUACGAAGUAUAUGUAAACGAUUUGUGGUCGAAAAGUUAGAAAACUCCCCCAUUGAGCAUGUUCAUCAACUCGGACUGCCUAGUGUAAUAUCGGCAGAGAUAGAAAAAGAAGUUGAAUAUCAGAAGCGACAACAGAAUACACGAUUACUGGCUGCUUCGCAAGGUAAAUACCGGAAACGAGCAGCGGUACCCGACGAGGUACUGGAGAUAUCGAACAAGAUGAUGGUGCACUUGCUGUCGAAUUACCGACUGGACCAGAUUGAAACAAUGUCGUUUGAAGGGUGGGCUGAUGCUUAUGAAGGCAUGAGGGGAUGGGCUUUGUAA